UUAGAUGGGUGCACACCAAGCCGAAUUCGAUUUGUUGAUCAGAGAGAGAUACUGUGCGAAUAAAAUAGCAACACCAUUUUUAUUUGAAAUAGCUUUACAUUUUCUACGUCAUGGCGGGGAACUUCUGGCAAAGCUCACACUAUUUGCAGUGGGUCCUUGACAAACAGGAUUUGAUGAAAGAACGGCAGAAGGACCUGAAGUUUUUGGCAGAAGAGGAGUAUUGGAAAUUGCAGAUCUUCUUUGCUAACGUUAUUCAAGCUUUAGGAGAACACCUGAAGCUCAGGCAACAGGUUAUAGCAACUGCUACUGUUUACUUUAAGAGAUUCUAUGCCAGAUAUUCAGUUAAAAGUAUAGAUCCUGUUCUCAUGGCUCCAACCUGUGUGUUCUUAGCAUCCAAAGUAGAGGAAUUUGGUGUUGUCUCAAAUACCCGAUUGAUAUCAGCUGCUACAUCUGUAUUAAAAACUAGGUUUUCAUAUGCCUUCCCAAAGGAGUUCCCAUACAGGAUGAAUCAUAUACUGGAAUGUGAAUUCUAUCUAUUAGAACUAAUGGAUUGCUGUUUGAUUGUGUAUCACCCUUAUAGACCUCUUCUCCAGUAUGUACAGGAUAUGGGGCAAGAGGAUAUGUUACUUCCUCUAGCAUGGAGGAUUGUGAAUGACACAUAUAGGACAGACCUCUGUCUCUUGUAUCCACCAUUUAUGAUUGCACUAGCUUGCUUGCAUGUUGCUUGUGUGGUGCAGCAAAAGGAUGCAAGGCAGUGGUUUGCUGAGCUUUCUGUUGACAUGGAAAAGAUCCUUGAGAUAAUCAGAGUUAUUUUGAAGUUGUACGACCAGUGGAAGAACUUUGAUGAUAGAAAAGAAAUGGCUGCUAUUCUCAACAAGAUGCCUAAACCAAAGCCUCCUCCAAACAGUGAGAGUGAUCAGAGUUCCAAUGGAAAUCAAAACUCUUCCUACAAUCAAUCGUAGGACAUUCUGGAAGUGAGGACUGUGACCACAGAGGAUGUUCAAGCGGAAUAUAUAAGAAACUGGGAGCAAUAUAUAUAACAAGGAAAAAAAAAAAAUCAUUAUCAGGGGUGAAGAAGUCGGCAGCCUGUUGUAUGGGCCCACUUUUGUUUUGGGGGGGGGGGGGGGGGGGGGGACGCGCUACCAUCUCAGAGUUUACAUUUACGCUAAGGGUUUUUAAACGUCUGUUAUUAUAUGGCGGAAUGGUGGAUGACUGACAUCUUGUCCCGGUAGAAUUUACAAUGUCGUAUGUUCUUGUAUGAUUGGGAACCGUAAAACUGACGUACUAUAAUUACCAAAAUGAUCAGUAGCUAAAUAUAGAUGUUAUGAUGUUUUAUGAUGUAUAUGUGUACAAUGAUUUGGGUGAUGUACAACUUUAUUGAUAAUCUGAAGGAAUAGCUGUAGACCAGUAAAAUAUGCAGCAUGUACUGUUGUAAAAUGAUUUGAAAACUCCUCCUUUUCUUAGGUGGUGGUGGUAGUGGGAGUUUCUAAUAUGAUGAAACUCGCCUUUUACCUCCAGUGGUCUUCUGUACUUGGGCUGGUUAUUGUGGACAUAAUUCCAUGUGCUGUAACAAUGCACCAUCUUGUUUGGUGCAAAUUGGUACUGUACUUUUAAUUUGUAUUUGUGAGAAUGUAAGACUUAUGCAACAGAGGGGAAUGGGAUUUUAUAGAAGCUAGCAUAAAGAAGGAUAUAAAAUAAGUCAUACUGGCAUUGUUUGCAUUAGACAACCAUACGCUUUCCCUGGUAAGCUAUAUCUCUGCACAUUAUCUUUUUGAAACAGCAGACUGGGGUUUGAAUUUCUUGAUCUUUUUGUUAUAACACAUGCCCACUUUGUAUGUAAAAUAUAUUUGGAUCAUGCUUCCCAAAUUACAUUUUACCAGAAGCUAAUUAUAGGUUGUCAACAUGUUCUUCUGCAAAUUAGGAAAAAUCAACACCUUAAAAUCACCCUAAUCAAGACUAUGAUUUCUAACUGCUAGUAGAUUUAUUGUCACUUUUUCAUACCUUUAGUGGAAGAAAAAUGAUGCUGAGUGCGCAUUGUUACAAACAGCAGAUAUUUUGCACUAAACCAGAAAUAGUGUGUACUCUACAGUUAACAAAAACAGCCUGGAUACUACUAUUUUUUUUAACCUUUUAAAUCUAGAAAAGAAAUAUUUAUACAUAUGGAUCUAAUUGGGUAAAUCUAUAAAUUGUUCAUCUAUGCUGUUAUGCAAACACUCUGUUUGAAGCAGGUCAGUAAGUAGAAUAGCACUUUUCCUUUUAAUUUUAAUGCUAAUCUGGUUUCUAAGUAGAGAUUGUUUAAAAUUACUCAUUGGGUAUUAUUGCAGUUUAAGGGCCCUUUUCUGUUUUGGAUGGGAUGACAAUAAUAUACUUUUAAAAGCUUUCUGGAGAUUGGGAAAGUUUAUGAUGUUGUGUGAUGCAGACUGCAAACAGUAGUGGUUAUUAUAAUUGUUAUACUUGCCAGCCAUUGUGUUUGAAGUUAUUUCAAACAUUAAGGUGGGUGUUAAUUUUGUUUUCAGUUUGACUUGUGUGUUGGGGCUGUUCCCAAUAGUAAAUUCAGUGCUAGCCGUGUCCUGUGAAAACGGGAAAUGUUUGUGGUUUUUUUCAUCUUCUGCCAUUGCACUUCUAAAAUGUAAGCUUGAAUGCCUUAACAGUAAGCUGCUGAUUUAAAAACUUGAAUAUUAAAUCGACUGUGAAACUGUCUAAAAUAGCCUUAACAACUACUCAAAAUCAGUUGCUGAAAGCAGUGUUUUAAAAUAACUGCUGAAGUUCAGAAAUUGCUAUGUUAACGUGUUGCACUCUUGGUUAUAUUUGUGCUAACCUAAAAAUCGUGUGGUUGUUUUUUUUGUUUUUUUUUGCUAAACAUUGUUAGACUUCAUAAUUUCACUCCCUUCGUUGAUUUGUCUUCUUUCUAAUGCAUUUAGCUUCCAUCAAUGCUGCUGGUUUAGAAAAAUAAAUAAAUAAUUAAAA